CGGUAUUGUCGCUCUCGCCCAGCGUGGUAAGACGAGGAAGUUUAACUGUCACUGGUUGCUUCCCGGCUUUCUCUCUUCGUUGCAGAACGCUUGAAAGCGACGCGGGAAAAGCCCGCCUCUUCUCUUGCUCGCAAACGUCGGUCGGGCUGUGACGUACGCGUGUAAAACGCGAAGGAGGCAAGACUUGAUUAGACGACGUCCAUCGCGCCUUCGCCGAGGAAGGCGGCGAAGCCUUGCCAUCCGGCUCCUCCCACACGCAGCAAAGUCCUGUUUCCUCGUCGGUGUGCCUGACCCGGCGCGAUCGCUCUCGGCUGGAGCUCAUUCUAGCUCCGGCGCCCGGAGGUGCUUCUCAAGACUCGAGCCAUGACAAAAGUGCAGCUUUCGGCAAUUUUACUGGCAGCUCUGUACCUCGGCGCCGAAGGCAGCAAGGACUACAACAUUGGUCUCUGCAGCAAGACCUUCUUCAGCUGCCAGUGCGGCACGCCUGGUUACACGCUGCACGUGACCGUCAAACAGUGCACCUACCUUCACCGGUGGCACUUCAAGUGCCGGCCGUGCAGCAAUCGCAAGCCCGAGGAAGUGUGCCCCAUGCUCAAGAACUGUAAGGAGUGCCAGGGCGACGCCAAGAGCUGCGCGUCGUGUCCUCCCGGCCGGUACGGCCAAUGGUGCGAGGAACGCUGCCAGUGCCAGAACGGGGGAACCUGCGACCCCAAGACAGGAGCCUGUGCCUGCCCGCCCUCUUUUGUCGGCACCCACUGCGAGCAGUUUUCAGGAUGCAAGCCGCCUCAGAUAGGCGCCAACGUGCAGGUGACUCUGGACCACCCCGAGACGCCGACGGUCUCCUACUUCGCCUGUGAACGCGGCUUCUACCUGAUGGGUGCCACCACCGCCACCUGCCUGGGGAACGGAGCGUGGAGCGAACCAAGCCCUAAAUGCGAACGGCUAUCGUUCUGUCCGGAUCUGGGCCGCGUGGUUAACGGCCGCCUCAAGGAACAGCGCAUUACCUUCCUGGCGGGCGGAGACAACCCCUACGCCAACGGCAGCACGGUCGAGGUAGUGUGCGACGAUCGUUACGACUUGGUCGGAGAGCCCGUACUCGAGUGCAGAGACGACGGGACGUGGUCGGCCAGCAUACCCACCUGCGUUAAAGUCUCCGAGAACCAUGUCAACUGUGAGACCAAAGCACUGGACAUUGUUUCAUCGUACACCGCACCAGUCAGGGUAUACUGUCCACCCGGGUGUGCGCAGAGGGGCACGGUGAUAGGCAACGUGGUCUACCACCAGCUGUCGGCGCUAUGCCGAGCGGCUGUGCACGCUGGCCGCCUAAACAACGCCGGCGGAACCGUGGCACUGGUCUCCAGCGGUAACUUCGCCGACUUCGGCGCUUCCCAGGCCAAUGGCGUCAACAGUGUCAGGUCGCAAGAACCUGCUCCCGGUUUCACCUUUGUCGAAGAUAGAACAUCUAAAGUUGAAAAAGGUUGCCGGCAAGGUUGGAAACCUGUGGGUGACACUUGCAUUCUUGCCACCCGCCACAAGCUCAGCUAUUCCCGGGCCAAAAAUUACUGCACGAACUCCGGGUCCCGGCUUCUGCAGUUUCGUGAGGAUGGGUUUCCGGAUUCCUUGCUCACUUUGCUCAAGGCUUCCAAUGUCAGCCUGUCCUGGGUCCAAGACGUCUCGGACGAGGACGAGGACAAGAGCCUCGCCGAGCAGCGCCGCAGGCGCCGGUCGGGAGGAGACAGCGGUGAGUGCUUCGUGGUUGACCCAGCAUCCGAGAUGCGAGCCAACGCCGUUCGAUGGAAUCCCUGCGAGGGGACGCACGGUGUGGUCUGCGAGAUGGACAUGGGCCAGUAUCAGGCCUUUUGCGACGACCCCGGACCUCUGGAGAACGGCACUGCUGAGGUGAUGAACCAGGUAGUCGUCGGAAGAAUGCUCGAGGGGACGCAGAUUGCGUACCGCUGCUCCGAGCUGCACUACCUGGUUGGUGAGAGCCGCAUCACCUGCCUUCGGAACAGGACGUGGACAUCAGCCAAGCCGCGCUGCAUGAAACUGACAACGUGCCUGGAGCCACCGGUGCCUCCAUAUGGUGAAGUGGAAUACGUAUAUGAAGGUGGCAGCGGACUCAAGACGGGUCGACAAAGACUUCGGCUCUCGCUGAUGGCCCUGGACCCAUCUUCAGCGGUGCAUCUUCCCAAGGGUCACUACAGAGUGGGCACCCGCGCCACUUUCUCGUGCCUAAACCAAUUCUACUCGCUCGUGGGAUCCGAGGUGCGUAGGUGUCUGCCCGACGGAACCUGGACAGGGAGGACCGCAACCUGCAUACCAGUGUGCGGCCGCUCGGACUCUCCGCGGUCGCCGUUCAUCUACCACGGGAACGUGAGCGAGGCCGGCCAGUGGCCGUGGCAAGUGGGCCUUUCCAUGUGGUCCACGGGGGAGAAGGCCUGGGACCUGCAGUGUGGUGGCACGCUGCUCUCCGAGAGCUGGGUGGUCACGGCAGCGCACUGCGUCGCUAGGGACCGCCGCGGGAAUCUACACGCGCCGAAGGACUUGCGCAUCUACGUGGGCAAGUACCACCGAGACGACGCCCUCGACGACGCCUUCGUGCAAGUGCGAACUCCCCAGGAGAUCCACGUGCACGAUGACUACGAUCCCGUGAAAUAUGACGCCGACAUCGCGAUGGUGCUGCUGGAUAGGCCGGUGGAGCUGAGCAGUCGAGUGCAGCCCAUAUGCCUGCCCAACGAGAGGACCUCGCAGUCAAACAUCGUCGACGGCCGACUGGGCGUGGCAACCGGAUGGGGCCAGACCGAGAACAGGAGCUACGCGGAUGUCCUGCGACAGGCCGUGAUCCCCGUGGUGUCAGCUCAGGAGUGCGAGCGCGCCUACCGCGACGGCCGCUUUCCCCUGACGGUCACGUCCAACAUGUUCUGCGGUGGCUACGUCAAGGGACGGGUGGACGCCUGCACGGGAGACAGCGGAGGCCCGUUCGCCUUCGUCGACGAGUCGGUGGCCGACAGACGAGUGUGGGUGCUGGAAGGAAUCGUCAGCUGGGGAGGGCCUCGAGGUUGCGGAGCUCCAAACCACUUCGGCGGAUACACCAAGGUUGCGGCGUUCAUCGAAUGGAUACGGCAGUUCCUAUAACGAGUCAACCAGUGGCGCGAGUGGCCGACUGUCGCAGAUCGACUGAGGACGUCAUUCGCAGGAAAGACCCCAGCGUGCUUGGCAUGUCUACUGACGGGCAGUAGACCGGGACGGACUCGUUGAUGGCAUUGCUCACACGCCCCAGGAUGGACUUUCUUAGAAUAUUCAUCACUAGUGGCUUAUCUAUAAAAGCAGAACUCAAUUUAAAGGGAUUUAAGGGAUGUAAACGAUUCUCGCUGUAAUAUGCCUGGAUGCUCGAAGCAUAAAUAUUGCGAGUAUCCAGAGUACCUGCGUGAAUUACGUUUCAUAUCAUUGCAGGAGUGACGUUCUCAGCUGCCGUUUCAACACUUAGAAACUGCAUGUUUCACAAUGCUUUAACUGCCAUGGGCUGUAUUUGUACUGCCCAAGUGAGGAAUUAACUUAGCCAUAACGAGGACUAUACCGAAGCGUAUACGCAUAUACUGCCUAGCUGAGGACAGUUAUUCGUAUUUUCACCAAAGGUUGCUCAAGUGCCUAUAGCAAUUUUGCUAUUUUGCGGCAAGUAAGUACAGCGCAGUCGCACCUUGCCACCAACGCUAUUCUGUAUUGUAAUAGUCGGCUCGCUUCAGCGAGAAGUAGAGCAAUUUUCCUUUGAAACCAUAAGCAACAAUAUGCGCAGAUACCAGGAUCUGUAUUGCAACGAAUGUCUUUGAAGUUUGGUUCUGCCCCCUGUUGCUAUUAUGCGAUCUUCCUUUGGUAAGUCGGUAAGUACGUCGGGGUGAGCCUUGGUCGCUGCGCAACUCUAAUCACAUUUGCAUUCUACAGCCUGCUGCAGCUGUGCAGGAGCUUAGGAAAUACACUGCCUGAUCGCACAAUCGGAACAUGAUCACCUCCCUUCGGUGCCAUGGAGGCGAAUGUUUACUGCUAUAGUCGGAUGGCGGAUCAUUUGUUGCGAACUCGAUAAACAAAAUACUGCCACUUAAUACUGCGUGAAGUGCGACGAAAGGACGUUGUGGUUUGUAAGUGUUCAAUAAAUUUACGACACUGCUUUGAAA